ACAGGACCCCGCCCGAGAGCAGGAAAAUUAACCCUUUCAACCCCCGAGGAGGGAAGAGGCGGGAUGCGGCUACCUCGCCCGCGUUUUGCUUUCUGCACAGUUCCCUUCCGUCCUCCUCGUCGCGCCGCUGUCGCCGCCAUGGCCCAACUCCGUGCCUCUUCUUCUUCUUCUUCGCCGGUCACCACCUUUGACUACCUGGUGCUGGGGGGCGGCUCGGGCGGAUUGGCCAGUGCCCGACGCGCCGCGCAACUGGGAGUCCGGGCUGCUGUGAUUGAAAAAGGGCGACUUGGAGGCACUUGCGUGAAUGUUGGGUGUGUACCUAAAAAGGUGAUGUGGAACACUGCUGUCCAUUCUGAAUUCAUCCAUGAUCAUAUGGAUUAUGGUUUUAAAAUAGCUGAUGUGAAGUUUAAUUGGAAAAUAAUUAAAGAAAAGCGUGAUGCUUAUGUGAAGAAACUGAAUGAGAUCUAUCAAAAUAAUUUGAAUAAGGACCACGUGGAAACCAUUCGUGGGCAUGCAACAUUCACAGCUGACCCUGAACCUACAAUUGAAGUUGAUGGCAAAAAAUAUAGGGCACCUCAUAUACUGAUCGCUACUGGUGGACGGCCUGUAAUUCCCAGUGAAAGUGAAAUACCAGGAGCAAAUUUGGGAAUCUCUAGUGAUGGCUUCUUUGAACUUGAAGAGUUGCCCAAGCGAAGUGUUAUUGUUGGUGCUGGAUAUAUAGCUGUUGAAUUAGCUGGUAUUCUUUCUGCAUUAGGCUCCAAGACAUCCUUAUUGAUACGUUAUAAUGAGGUGCUGAGAAAUUUUGAUUCUAUGAUCAGUUCAAAUUGUACUCAGGAAUUGGAACGUAAUGGAGUAGAAGUCUGGAAACAUUGCAAGAUUCAAUCAGUUACAAAAUCAGCUUCAGGGCUCUUGGCAAUAGCGGUUACAUCCUAUUUUCCUAAUCAAAAACCCACUGUGAACACCAUUGAGAAUGUUGAUUGUCUCUUGUGGGCCAUUGGUAGAGAGCCCAAUACUGAGGAUCUAAACCUUGACCAAUUGAAUAUUAAGGUAGACAAAGCAGGCCAUAUUACUGUUGAUGAGUUCCAAAAUACCAGCAAAAAGGGAAUCUAUGCUGUUGGAGAUGUAUGUGGGAAAGCACUCCUUACACCAGUUGCAAUUGCGGCUGGAAGAAAACUGGCACAUAGGCUUUUUGAAAAUAAAAAGGAUUUUAAAUUGGACUAUACCAACAUUCCGACUGUGGUUUUCAGUCACCCACCUAUUGGAACAGUGGGACUAACAGAAGCGGAAGCCGUGAAUGCAUAUGGAAAAGAUAAUGUGAAAAUUUAUAUAACUUCUUUUGUCCCCAUGUACCAUGCAAUAACAGAAAGGAAAACAAAAUGUGUGAUGAAAUUGGUCUGUGCCACUAAACAAGAAAAAGUGGUAGGACUUCAUAUGCAAGGUUUGGGGUGUGAUGAAAUGCUCCAAGGUUUUGCAGUAGCUGUCAAAAUGGGAGCAACAAAAGCUGACUUUGAUCAGACGGUGGCUAUUCAUCCAACUUCUUCAGAAGAAUUUGUUACUCUUCGUUAAGCUUCGUUAAGGCUUUCCCUAUGGUGAAUUAAGUACUCUUUUUUUUUUACACAAAAUUGUGCAAUUCAAGAGAAGCCUUCAUUCUGCUGUAACAAAUUUAUACACAUGGAUGUAAUUUAUAUUACUUGAAAUCAAUAAUUUUGGAUUUUAAAAAAUGUCCUUUUUCAGCUUGAUUCCUUGUGACCUUUUGGACAUAUUCAUAGUGACUUUGGCAUCUAUAUAGACGUGAUCUUUCAUUGCUUUCUGGCAUGUUGUUUUCAGGUUCCCAGUGUAGCCUGCUUUAGUUUUUCCUAGUGGUCUCCUAUCCAGGUACUGGCCAAUCCUAACCCUAGUUAGCCUCUGAGCAGAGACAAAAGUAGUAAGAUGCUACCAUCUGUUGAGACUGCAAUAAUAAAAUGUGCUAAAAAGGCAAACAAAUUAUCAUAUAAGCCCAAAGAGGAAAUAAAAUCUAAGAGUAGAGAAGAAAAAAAACCCAUUUUGGGCUAUAGAGAAACAAAUGGAGGAAGUACUGCAACCAUAAACACUAUAGUAAUUAGUAUUUUGGUUUAUUGAGCCUUGGAUUAUGAAAGAUGCCAUUUCCUGCCUAUUGGGAAAUGUAACCCAUGUAGACGUUAGCCCACAAGAGUUUAGUAAGAGCACUACUUUACUAUUUACUAAUCCAUAUUCUGGAAAACCGCAAACAUUGUUUAUGUUAUCCCCCUAUAAAUUAAAAAAUUAAAAUCCAAUAUGUAGGCUUUAGUUAUUCUUUUGAUUUGUUUCCAACAGAAAUUACCAAUGUACAGUUAUCUGUAACUAAAAAUUAGGGAACAAGCUUUUCAUCACAAGAAGCAAAUUCUACCAAGCAAUAUCACAUUGUGUAAAGCAUACCGGUAAGAGUUCCCAUUCAGCCAUAACCUUAUUAAACAACAUUAAUUUCUCUGUUAGAAUUGAAAAAUAUGGAUUGGGGAGAUAGCUGCAUCCUAUACUUUUCUGUUUGUUAUUGCUGUGAGGCCCAGGAGGCGUUAGGACUGAUUGCUAUCACCUAUUUAGCACAGCCUAGGGAACACGUAUAGCUUUUAAGGGAUGCUAUGGACAUGGGUGACUUUAGUUCCACUACCGCCUACCUGUAGAUGAUGUGUAUAUAAUUACAUGUGUAUAUGCUUACUUCAUUGCCAUGUUCUUAUAUAUGUUAAAUAAUAUACAACUAUAUAUUCCUAAUGCAUUUCUGAAUCAACAACCAGUAUGAUAUUUAUUCACUUUCACAAAAUAUUUGCAGUUCAAAAUAUUAAUUCUAAAAUUAUACUCCACAUACAUUCUGAAUGAACUAAUGAACAUCAUUCUAGGAAUUUGUCCCAUUGCAUUUUCACAAAUGCUAAAUUAAAUGGGAUGUAGGAAGUCUUGCAACACUUGUGUCCUGUUAAGAGAAUUAGGCUGUAUUUUAUGUUCAGUUUACUUUAGUAAGUUUAUAGCAUUAUUUUGCCCUUCGUUUAAAACAGAUUUUAACUUGAGAUUUCUGGUGUACUAUUUUAAAUUCAUUAGUUUAAAUCUGAAGUCUUCAUCCUCUAGGAUUACAUUUAUCAAACUUAAAUAUAUUUUGGGUUAAAAUGAUGCAGGAUGGUGGUCAUUUUAUAUUUCAUCUUAAUAGUAGGCCUGAAAAUUUAAUUAAAGAAUUCCAUAUGCUAAAGUCUCAAGUGAAGUUUGUCAUCCAAACACAUUCCAGUCAUAAUCUGUCAUGUGAUCUAUCUUAUACAAUGAAGCAGAUAAUUAUUUGCGUGCAUGCUGAAGAGAAACACAAACAGAUAAAUUAUUCCAUUUCAGCAUAUCCAUCUCUUUGGAAUAAUGAUCUGCAAAUUUAUUUGUUCAAAUACAUCAAUAAGAUGCAAGCACUUUCAUGACAAAUAUACAGAAAAAAGGGAUCAACACAGAACAGUAACCUAGUUUAA